CCGAGUCCCAGCCAGCCCAGGUGAAGAUGGCGUCUGCUUCGCUUUGCCGUCAUAUUUUCCGUCUUUCUCCCCGUCUCACCUGUCGCCCUGCCCCGUUACUCGCCAGACAGCCCUGUGUGGUGAGUGCCUGCAGUGUUGCCACCUCAGCGCUCCGUGAUGCCAAGAUAUAUGAGUCGUCACUGGAGGCUGUCAAAGAUGUCACUCCUGGGUCCAAACUGCUGGUGGGAGGUUUCGGACUUUGUGGUAUCCCGGAAAACCUCAUUGCUGGGCUGCUGGAGACAAAAGUUGACGGUCUAACGGUGGUCAGUAACAACGCAGGGGUCGACAACUUUGGUUUGGGUCUCCUGUUGAACCAGCGGCAGAUCAAACGCAUGAUUUCCUCCUACGUUGGGGAGAAUGCGGAGUUUGAGCGGCAGUAUUUGAGUGGAGAGUUAGAGGUGGAGCUGACGCCGCAGGGCACACUGGCAGAGAGGUGCAGGGCGGGAGGAGCUGGCAUCCCUGCUUUCUUCACUCCCACAGGCUAUGGCACUCUGGUUCAUGAGGGCGGCUCUCCUAUCAAAUAUGGAGCAAUGGGCGUGGUGGAGCUGCAGAGUGCCCCUAGAGAGUGCAGAGACUUUGGGGGACGCAGCUAUAUCAUGGAGGAGGCGAUCACUGGGGACUUUGCUCUCAUUAAGGCGUGGAAAGCUGACAAGGCAGGGAACUUAAUCUUCAGGAAGACAGCACGUAACUUCAACCAGGCGAUGGCGAAGGCAGCUCACACUACAGUGGUGGAGGUGGAGGAGCUGGUGGAGGUUGGGGAGAUAGGAGAAGAUGAGGUGCACGUCCCAGCUAUCUAUGUGGACCGAAUUGUGGUGGGGGAGAAGUAUGAGAAGAGAAUUGAGAGGCUCACACUGAAGAAGAAGAAGAGCAGUGUAAGUGCAGCCACUCAGAAUCCUGCUAUUGCCAUGAGAGAGAGGAUUGUUCGCCGCGCUGCCCUUGAGUUCAAGCACGGCAUGUACGCAAACCUAGGAAUUGGUAUGCCCAUGCUUGCUAGUAACUACAUUCCUGAUGGAAUGGACGUACAGCUGCAGAGUGAGAAUGGUGUGCUUGGUCUUGGUCCCUUCCCUGCACCAGGAGAACAAGACCCUGACCUCAUCAACGCCGGCAAGCAGACAGUAACCACCACACCAGGCGCUUCAUACUUCUCUUCCGAUGACAGCUUUGCCAUGAUCCGCGGUGGCCAUGUUGACCUGACCAUCCUGGGAGCAAUGGAGGUGUCCCAGUACGGUGACCUGGCUAACUGGAUGAUCCCGGGCAAGAUGGUGAAGGGCAUGGGGGGCGCGAUGGACCUGGUCUCCUCGCCAAGCACCAAGGUAGUGGUCACCAUGGAACACCUGGACAAGAAGGGCGGCCACAAGAUCGUUGAGAGCUGUUCCCUUCCUCUCACUGGCAAGAACUGUGUGGACCUCAUCAUCACAGACAAGUGUGUCUUCACCAUCAACAAGGAGGAGGGACUGACACUCACAGAGAUAGCUGAAGGAGUGAGUGUUGAGGAUAUUGUCUCCAGCACCGGUUGUCUCUUCUCUGUGGCUGACGACCUGAAGACUAUGGACCAGAUUGAGGUGCCGGAGGAGUAGCUAGCCCUGUGUUACUUCUCUCCUGUGAUGGGAUCAAUUUAGGCAUCCAGCAAGAGAAUAUAAAAGGUUUGAAUGGUGUAGUCUCAAUUAUCAGGAUGAUUUUUAAGGUUGUAGUAGUAAAAGUAUGUAGAAAAAAAUAGGAAUGGAGUUGAAAUUGUCUUUACUGAAUUAAGAAGCCAUAACACCAAAAGAAAGGUAUGCCAGAAGAUUAAAGAGGUAUUUUUUUUGUUUUUGGUCAAUUAUAGAAUGAUUUAGUAGACUUUAAUAUCCACAAAGGAAAAUGCAAGGGUUGAUAUUGUCUGCUCAAGUCCUUAUUUAAGGUGUGUGAAAGGAAAAUAAAAACUUAACUGCAUUUCUCUCAAUUUUGGACUUAUUUAAAAGAUCUUAGUACAGAAAUGCCUAAAGAAUACCACAAAAGAAGGUUAAUAUUGUCAAUUAUAGAUGAGACAAAAGUGAAUUAUCAACAGUUACAAAUUAGAUGGAAAAAAAAGAUAGUUGAAUUGAGUAUAGAAUUUCAAGAAGUAAUCAACAGUGAAGGGACGAAAGGUAACAGAAAGAGCUUAGUGGAAGUUUUAAGUGCUCUGGGUGACCACUCCUGCUGGCGGUGGCGUGGUGGUGGUGGUGGUGGUGCCCGUGGCCAGUACAUGGUGAGGAAGGGAGAUUGUGUUGGCGUGUUCCUUGAGGCAUUGUAGUAUUAAAGGUGACAGCUGUAUUGUAUUGUGUUUUGUUUUGUUGCUUCAGGUAUAAACAUUUCUUUCUUAGCUGCACGUGUGUCAACCCAAGCUCAUUUGUACUUAGCUGUAGAAAAGAUUUGUAUUUUACUACUGUGUACAUAUAACGACAACUUUUUCAUAAUAAAUAUUGAGAAAAUAU